CGUUAACCAAAUUGUAAAUUGCUUUGUUUGGGUAUUCUAUCAAUUGAUUGGCUGUUUUGAGUCUUCUCAUCGAACGCUUCGAAGAUGAAAGAAGAACUCUCUCGCUAACUCACAUCUCGCCCCUUAUUAAAACAAAGGGCACCAUCCAUACCUCAACGCUCCCCUACCCCACGUGCAAAACACCCCCAACCACUUAUGCGUGAAAACACGGAUGUCGAAAACUCCCUCAACAACGCCUAAAAUCAGCGCGUGGUGGACUUCGUAAUUUUCAACGCGCUUUAGGGGGCUUGUUUGCCCUAAUCGCCUGUGAGCGAGAUCUGGCUUCUUAUCCUGAAGAACCAAUGAAGCCUGCCCUUCCCUGAUAAAUCCAUAUAUCAACCAUGCCCCUCUUCGUGAUCUUCCUGCAACUCGGAUCGUCAAUCGGUUGAUUCGUCGGCCUACGCCUUCAGAUUCACGCUCGCUCUCCGAUUCGACUGAGUUAUCUGGUUUAGGAUGGAGCCGAUGGACAUCAUCGGGAAGUCAAAGGAAGAUGCUUCGCUUCCGAAAGCAACCAUGACCAAGAUUAUUAAAGAGAUGUUGCCGCCAGAUGUCCGUGUUGCAAGAGAUGCUCAAGAUCUUUUGAUUGAGUGUUGUGUAGAGUUUAUAAAUCUCAUCUCAUCAGAGUCUAAUGAAGUUUGUAGCAGAGAGGAGAAAAGAACAAUAGCACCUGAGCAUGUACUGAAGGCUUUACAGGUUCUUGGGUUUAGUGAGUACAUUGAGGAAGUUUAUUCAGCAUAUGAACAACACAAGCUUGAGACUCUGCAUGACUUGGCAAAAAGUGUGAAAUGGGGCAACGGAGCCGAGAUGACAGAGGAAGAAGCCUUGGCUGAGCAGCAGAGGAUGUUUGCAGAGGCUCGUGCUAGAAUGAAUGGUGGAGCCACUGCGCCCAAGCAACCAGACCCUGAACAAAGUUUAGAGAGCUAACUGUAGGAUCUUUAUUUUUCUUGAAUUAUCGUAGGCAAGCGUACUUGACUCAUCAUCCAUUUGUGCUUCUAAUAUGGCUUAUUAUGUACAAAGAAAACCAUUGACUAGUGUGCUGGCCUAUGCCAAUAUGCACUUUAAGUUGUAUGCUCGUUAUGGAUCCUUGUCUAUAAGUUAAUGUAAUUAGUAAGAGUUUGUCCAACCAAAACCCUGGUGCCCAAUUGUAUGUAAUUAUUUGGGUUUAUUUAGUUGCAGUUUGGAAAACUA